AUGGGCACCCGCCGCCUGCCGCCCGCUGGCCGCUCUCGCCUCCCUGGCUCCUUCUCUCUCGCUCUUUCUUUCCCCUCCCUCCGGCUUUCCGUCAUCGCCCGGGCAUUUCCGCCGGGAAAAAAGGCGAGCGGGCGGUGCCGCCGGGCCCGGGACGCGAGAGGGCGUGCAGCGCCCCCUUGUGGCGCGGCGGAGAGACAGGCCGAGGGGCGCACCGCUGUCUCGCUUUAA